AUGGAACAUAACGAUGAUUAUAAAAUUACACAAAGGACUUAUUCAAGUUUUCGUAACCAAACUCCAUCAAAGAAAACUUCCCCUUUCAUAAAAAUACGAAAUGAAGAAAGAUUAUAUUGAGUAAGCGAAGGCAAAGAAAUGUAUCAAGCUCUCUUAAUCUACUUAUUUUAAUAGCGAAUUAUAUUUAUUUUUAAGGCUUUUUAGAUAAAUUUAUUUUUAUGAAAAUGUUUUUGAUUUUAUAGAAGUUAUAAUAGUGACUAUAAAAAUAUAAUAAAUUAUAUCAUUUUAUUAGGAGCUUAUUUUAAAAGUGCCAAUUAGUUAUAAUUCUAUUUUAAGAUAUACGCUUAUAUACUGUAAAAUCACAAAGAUUUUGAUAAGAAGAAAAGCCAAAAAUAAUAAUAAAAAAGAAAAAUAUCUAUAGAUUGCUUUUAAUGAGAAGCGUUAGAACAACGACGAUAUAAUUCUCAAAUAAAAGCCUUAGAGAAUCGGCUAAACCAUUUGCAAAAAGAAGAAGAAAAAACAUCAAAAAUUAUGAAUCAAGCCAAAAAGCGUGCAGAAUCUUUGCAAAUGCAAAGGGAACAACGACAAUCUGUAACUUUCAUCUAGGCAAUUCGAGAAAAAGAAUUAUGGAAGCAACGCCAUAAACAAGAAAUAGAUUUAAUGCGAGCUAAACAUUGGCAAGAAAGAGAAGAACACAAAAGUAAUUUGGAAUCCAAAAUUGAAAAAAUUUUGCAAGAAAAAAAAGAAAUUGUUAAUAAAGUCAAAACAAAUCGAAGUUUUUCUAAUUUUAGAUCAGAAAAUCGAUCAGAGCGAAAAAGUGACAAUAUUUUUUGUACUUCACCAUUAUCUAAUAGAUCAAACAGAUCUUUAUCAUUUAAAAAAUUGCCUGAGCAACAAAGCCAUAUAAAAAUUAAAACGAAAAAAGCUGAAAAUGAAAGACUAUUAAAUAAGUUAAGGGAAUUAGAAAUGAAAGAAAAAGAAAUGAUUGAAAAUUUAAAAAAUGCCUAUAAUCAGCAAAAAGAGGUUUUUAAUGAGCUAGAAAAGGUUGCAGAAGAAAGCAGGAAGCCAAUUAAAUUAUCUGAUAGGUUUGGGACGAGAAAAAAUUCGAAGUAUAGAAAAAGCCCGAGGAUCGGCUCCACACGGGAACGAUUUUCCACGUGUGGAGCCAUUUUUCCACAAGUGAGAAUCCUGAUUUCCACGUGUGAAAAAAUCGCUCCACACGUGGAAAAUCGUUCCCGUGUGGGGCCGAUUCUCUGGCAAUUAUUAUAUGUAUUUAUGAGAGUUUCGAAAGAAAUGAUGCAAAAAAUGAUGAUAUAG